AUGGAGCCGGUCCUUGGAUCCACGGUCACCUCGCGGGUCCCUGCGCGGCCUUCGGCCGUGGCGGCUCACAGGAGCACCGGUUUGAGCUCGAGCAGCGCCGCUGGCAGCGCCUCGAGAUGUUCCUUCAGCCCGGCAAUCGCUGUAGCAGGUUUGACUGCUGCGGCUUCGGCAAGACGUUCAGGCCGGCAACACGUGCAACGUCAAGGAACCAUAGCGCAGCCUGGAGACAGUGAGACACCGAGCAAUGCCAUUGAGGAGUGGUUGUUAAGCCUGGAGCUGCCAACUCCUCUGAAGCCCGUUUUGGGCAGCUCGGCCUGGGCCAGUUUCGCUGCGUCGCUUGUGCAGAUGUUCGUCGUUGCGGGUUUGUCAGCAGUGGGCACCUUCAUCGAGCAAGGAGAAUCUGCGACCUUCUAUGCACAGAAGUAUCCUGAAACCUCGGGGGUCAUCCUGGCCUUAGGUUUCGACCACAUGUACAGCUGCCCUCUUUUCUUGGGACUGCUUGCUUGGCUGGCUGCAUCGCUCAUUGCUUGCACUGCCACCACACAGCUACCGCUGGCGAAGAAAGCGCAGAGAUUCAAUUUCCAUUCCUCUGCAGCAAUGAAACGCAGAGGCUCGUUUCUAAUGCGUAUCAACUGUCCCGUAGCAGAAAAUGACGAGCUGGCCACAACCGACAAGCUGCACCAGUUGAGGGGCGAGUUAAGGAAGCGGGGAUUCAUUGUCCGCUCCGAUGGUGAAGACAAGCCAACCCAGCUAGCAGCCUCACGAGGUUUGCUGGGAAAGUUUGCGCCGAUGGUCGUGCAUCUCGCUCUACUUCUCAGCCUUGCCGGCAACGUGGUGGGCCUGGUUUUCGGUGCCUCCAGCGAGGUGAUGAUUGAAGACGGAGGCGCUGCGGAUCUUGGCCGGGUUCUGGAAGCCGGCCGCAGGGCCAAAGGCCCUUUGUAUGACUUCCUGAGCCCGACGAAGAAUCUUAUGGAUGCCAUCGAUGUCAAAGUAGAGGACUUCCGCAUCGAGUACAAGGACGAUGGAACGAUUGAUCAGUUCUUCUCGAAGCUCGCCAUCGAAGACUCCAAGACGAGAGAGCGACUAUACAGCGACGAAAUUUUCGUGAACAAGCCGUUGCGUUUCGGAGGGGGUACGAUCUACCAAGCAGACUGGGGCAUUGACAGGCUACAAAUGUACCUGAACGGUUAUCCCAUCGUGGUGCCGUGCAAGAGUCUACCACCCGAGAAAGGAGAGCGAUCGUGGGCGGCGUUUCUUCCUCUGGAACUUGUGACAGCCGAGAACCCCACGACUGUGAAGCAGAUCACGAAGCCAAAAGAAGGAAUCGUCCUAGUUCUGAACAACAUGCGCAAUGUCCAGGUUUAUGGAUCCGACAAGAACCUGGCAGGGGUUCUUCGAUCUCCAAUGGCCAAGGUGGAGAAAAAGAUGGAAGGCAUGCCAAUCCAGUUUGGCGAGGAGAUCACCGUUGAAGGCAAGACCAAGCUACGGCUGGACAAGAUCGUCGGCUCCACCGGCCUAAUCGUCAAGAACGACCCAGGCGUGCCUCUCGUGUAUACGGGUUAUGCGCUGCUCAUGCCUGCCACGCUUCUGAGCGUAUUGCCCUUUGUGCAGGUUUGGGUGGCAGUGAACAAGGAUGACCGCAACCAGAUCUUAGUCAGUGGCCGCGCGAACCGCAAUCAGCUCUCCUUCGAGGACGAGAUGAAAGCUGCCGUCUUGUCCGUGGCUCUGGCGUUUGCGUUUCUGAGAGCGAGGCCCGGCCUUCUCGGCAGCAAUGGUGCAGAUUCCAAGGAGGCCACGACAGGGGUGACAGAGCAGCGAGGCGCCUGCCUCGAGGAGCUGCUGAGCAAGGUGAAAGAAAAGCAUGUUAUCGUAAGCGCUCUUUCUGCACCGCCUUGGCGCCUUGCUCUGCGACGCCGCUUUACGGGCUUGGCUGUGCCGGCCAACUCUUUCCACGCUUGUGGCAAUGAGACGCCGCGGAAGCGUUCUGGUGAAGAGUCGCCCACCGGUGCGUCGAGAUGGCGCACGCACCGGAGUGCGAUGCUUGCAGUGAAAGACGAGGAGUUCGAGAUCGCUGUGCAGCUUGCGGCCUACUAUGUGGCGGAUGCGACUGAGGGCCGCCUUGACAAUGGGCUUGCAUCGAACUUCAAGUCCGGGAAUAAGCGCAAGCUUUACUGCUGCUUGGUGCAGACCCACAUCGCUUGGCAUGUCAUGGUUAUGGCGGCGUGCGUGCUCCACUCCCUUCUCAUCAUCCUCGAGCCCCCUCCAGGACAAAGCUGCGCCCGUGGCUGGGAGAACGUUGCCGAACUCUUUCUGGUCCUGGUCUAUGUAGCUGACAUCUUGCUGAAGGUCGCGUACAUGGGCGCUGGAACCUUCCUGUCGCUCCGAGGUUCCAAGAUCUGGCAAACCACUUACGCGGCCCUCACGGCCAUCCUUUUUCUCGACGCUGCGCUCGCGCCAUGCACCCGACUGUCGCGACCCUUGCGGCCAAUCAUGCUCGUGCUACGAUCCCGGAGUGUCCGGAACUUUUACACCACAGUGCUCCGCAUAUGUCCCAGCCUGUUGAAGGUCUUGAUGCUGUUGCUGUUUAUCUUGACGGCGUCGUCCCUUGGCAUGGCCCGGCUGCUGCGCGGCAGCGGGACACGCUACUUCACAAGCUCGUUGGCCACCUUCCAGGAAAUGGCCAUACUGCUGCUGACCCAGGACAACUACAAGGAUCUCCUGCAUGAUCUUAGUGAUCACGGAGGGCUGGCAUCGCUCCUGGUCUUCUUCACCUUUGUGGUUGUUGGUGUAUUGUUUCUGAUGCAGUUGGUGCUCGGGACGGUCAUCGACACCUACAUGGAGGAGGCGCAGGAAGAGCUGCGAAGCAAGCGGGUGAAGCAAGCGAAAGGUCUGAUGCGGGCCUUCUCGGUUCUGGACCUGCGCAAAGAAGGACACCUGCGCCAGAGGGCUUUCGACCGCCUCAUCCAGAAGUUGCGGCCAUCUGAUUCACCCUUCGAAAGGCACUUGAAGUUUAGCUUGCUCUCCAACAAGUACAAGUCGAUGGUGCCCGCAAGUUCAGGUCCUUCAACCCCUGCACGCAGCCGGGAGGAGCUUUCUCCUUUGGCACACCCGCCCUCGCCACCGAAGCGGCCGAUGAUUCCACUUCUUCCUCAGUUGCCUGAAUCGCCUCUACCCUUCCAGGAGCCCACGAGCGGCCCCUGGACCAAUCCCGAGCCCAACAUUGAUCCCAUCGACUUCUUGUCGCUCCACACGGUCUUGGAGCUGACCUUCAAGCCCCGGCGCCCGGCCUGGGAUGUCCCUGGCGUCUGCCGCGAGCAGCCUUGGUGGAGCCGCGGUGCGGAGCGACUCCUCUCAGAUCCCCGCUAUAUGGUGCUCGUGCGGUACCUGCUGUGGGCCGAUGCUGCAGUUUUCUUGGCUGAUGCUGAAUGCAUCGAGCCACUAGCAUCACUUGGAUGCUGGCUGCAAGUGAAUGACUUGCUUCAGACCGCUUUCCUGUUGCAGAUGGCCAUGCAGGUAUUUGCUUUGGGCAGUCUGCGAAAAGCCUGGCGCUUCGGUGGUUCUUCGGACACCCGAAUACUUCUCAGAGCAGAGCUAGUUUUAGCAGGUGCGCUGACAAUCGCUUCGGCCGCAACUUUGUCCUGCAGUCCCUUGGCGAGCUUUCGGCCUGCCGUGGCUGGUCUCGGUGCACUACGCAGCCUUCGUCUGGCAGCCACCUUCGGAGCCCUGCGACGCUUUGGCCAGUGCUUGGCAGACAUCCUCCCG